UAAUUUAUAGAAUUUACUUCUUUAAUUGUUAACCAACACUAAAAGAGAAUCAAUUGUUUAUCACCAAUUAAUCACCUCAACCUCUAAUCACCUUUAGAAUAUCAUUUAUACAAACAUCUUGAGUAUUCUCUCUCUCUAUUUAUUAUUACUAACAAAGUGAAAAAUCGUUUAGAAGAUGGUUAAAGAAACAACUUAUUACGAUGUUCUUGGUGUGAAACCGACAGCAACUCAAGAUGAGCUGAAAAAAGCUUACAGGAAAUUGGCGUUGAAAUAUCAUCCAGAUAAAAAUCCAAAUGAAGGAGAAAGAUUCAAGGCAAUUAGUCAAGCCUACGAGGUUCUUAGUGACCAAGAAAAACGUAGAUUAUACGACGAAUAUGGUGAGAAAGCUAUUAAAGAAGGAGGACAUAGUGGCUCUUCUCCUAUGGACUUAUUCGAAAUGUUCUUUGGUAUGGGUGGAAGUAGACAACGACAUCAAGGUCCUAAAAAGGGUAGAGACUGUGUAUAUCAAUUAGCUGUUUCUUUGGAACAAUUAUAUAAUGGUACAACCAGGAAAUUAUCCAUCAAUAAAAAAGUUAUCUGCGAUAAAUGUGCUGGUAGAGGAUCAAGUGAUCCUAAAAAAGGUUAUGAAACAUGUGAAAAAUGUCAUGGUUCUGGUAGACAGGUUAGAGUGCAAGCAAUGGGUCCUAAUAUUGUUCAGCAAGUACAAACUAUAUGUCAUACUUGUUCGGGGGCUGGUGAAAUAUUAAAUCCAAAAGAUAAAUGUAAAUCUUGUGAUGGUCAAAGAUACGUGAAAGCAAAAAAGAUUAUUGAGGUUCACAUUGAUAAAGGUAUGGAAGAUGGUCAAAGGUUAGUUUUCUCUGGAGAAGGUGAUAUGGAACCAGGAAUCGACCAACCUGGUGAUCUAAUUGUAAUCAUAGAUGAACAAGAGCAUUCAACGUUCAAGAGAUCUCGCUCUUCGAGUGAUGAUCUCAUUAUGGUACUUGAAAUUUCAUUAACUGAGGCUCUUUGUGGAAUGCAAAAGGGAAUCAAAACCUUGGAUGAUAGAACCCUCGUUAUCACAUCUUUACCUGGAGAAGUAAUUAAACAUGGGGCAAUUAAAUGUAUCAUGAGUGAGGGUAUGCCUCAUUGGAAGAAUCCAUAUGAAAAGGGGCGACUCAUUAUUCAAUUUAAUGUAAAAUUCCCUGAGAAAUUAGAUCCAUCCCUAGUACCUCAGUUAGAACCUCUACUUCCACCUCGACCCGUUGUUAACCUUCCUACAGGUGAUCUGGUCGAAGAUGUAACUUUAAUGGACUUGGAUCUUGAACGGGACAGUCAAAUGAGAAGUGAACGACGGCAGCAAUAUUAUGAUGAAGAUGAAGGUGGACCUGGUGGUCAUGGUGGUUCUGGAGUUCAAUGUGCAACUCACUGAUUUACUAACUUUAACCCACUAAUUGGAUUUAAUCAUGUUAAUCAAAUCAGUUCACUUCUGGUAUCUAGAAUGAUGCGCGUCUCGGCCCUCGAAAUCUUUACCCUUUCUCUUUCUCUCCUUUUUUCUCAUUUUUUCUUCUCUUCUUUUUUCUCUAUUAUCCUUUGUAUCUAUUGUAAUCUGUAUCUUGAAUCACAAAAUCAUUCACAUUCACAAAACCAGUGGUUAUGUAUCAAUAUUGGUCUCAAUGACAUUUAGCACUUUUGUUGCAAAUCUUUUCCUCCUCCCUUGUUUAUCUUACUGUCUUUAUGAUUAAUAUCAAUCAAGUUCUCUUUUUCUCUCCCCAUCUCCUUUCUUUCUGAUCUUUUGGUCAUUUCCAUUUUUCGGCGAUAAACUUUUCGACAUUAAACUCCCUUCCAUGGUUUUAACUUAUUUAAA